AUGUUUUAUUUAAUAUUAAUCUGUGUAAAUUGGAUUUAUGGUUUUUUGAAUGUUAUACCGUACUAUUAUGCCGAAUGGUUUGAAUAUUUGGGUGAAGAGGAAUAUAUGUGUUAUAUUAACUUUACAAAUGACAAACGUUUAGCUAUUGCUGCCACGAUUCAAUACGGCAUCCCAUUGGGUGCAUUAGCAGUUAUCUAUAUUUGGAUAUGGCAUUAUGUUCGAAAAAGAACACUUAUUAUGACACUAACAGCAAAACGUCGAAUGCAAAUAAAACGUAACAUAGAAAUGUUAGGACGUAUUAUUAUACCUGUUUGUAUUUUACUCGUACUAGCUGUACCAGGUUUUUGUUUUAUUAUUAUGGCAGCCAUAAAGAAUAAUGGUACAGUCUACUAUUUAACUUAUCGUCUUACGUUCUCUUUCGUUGGAUUAUCGAUGAUCAUUAUGCCAAUAGCUGUUAUUCUAUUAACACCGAAUAUAAAAACAGCGCUUAUAUUUAACAAAAAUCGAAAGUCAGUUGCAUUUACUAAUGCUGGCGCUGGUGGUUUGCGGCUACGUAGACAGCCACGGUAUCCAGUACUACACCAGAAGGCUACAACAGCAGUAGACGAAGCACGACAGUGUAUUGUUAGUAGAUUAUAA